CUGGGCCGUAAGGCACUUGAAGUCUAGGACAUCGGGCCCAAAUUCCAAGGAGUUCCUCGAUCCUCAUCCAGAAAAAACCCGGUGGCAGUGACGAGACUGACGGUGCUAAUCUCUCUGUCCGACGAGAAACCGAACAGGGUUCAUUACUACAUCAUUUUCCAUCAACAAAUCGCUUUCUACCAGUCUCACCUGUCUCGCCAUCGCCAGAAGCAGCAGCCUUCAUUUGUCACCUACAAGCAGAACUGCUGCAUCGUGUUGCAUUCCAACUAAGAUGGAAUCGGAGAAUUAUACGUUUGGGCCGUAUAAAAUACACCAGAAAGAAGUAUUCUACUCUACCCAGCUCUCCUACGCUAUGGUUAAUCUUCGGCCUGUUCUCCCUGGUCAUGUCCUUGUCUGCCCAAGGCGUGAAGUGAAGCGCUUUAUUGAUCUCACUGCUGAUGAGAUUAGUGAUUUAUGGCUCACAGCACAGAAGGUUGGUUGUCAGCUUGAGCAUCAUCACAAAGCAUCUUCUCUUACGUUUACAAUCCAAGAUGGGCCACAGGCAGGACAGACAGUACCUCAUGUCCACAUCCAUAUCCUCCCACGGCGAAGUGGUGAUUUUGAGAAAAAUGAUGAGAUUUAUGAUGCAAUUGAUGUUAAGGAGAAGGAGCUACAGCAAAAGCUUGACUUGGAUAAAGAAAGGAAGGACAGAAGCCUUGAGGAAAUGGUGGAAGAAGCUGAUGAAUAUCGAAAGCUUUUUUCAUAGAGAUGCUAAUUUUGAAAAGAAAAAACACAUUCCAGUUGGCUUUCUAUAUUUCACCUUCUAGUGUGAUUAUGAUCCUAUAAGGACAGUAUUUCUCUCUUGGAGGAAGCCUCAAUUUUAUCAUUUAAAGACUGGGCCUAUGGUUUUCAUUAUAGAGUUUUCUGAAUCCUUUUACAGAGAAAAAUUAGAACUUGUUAUUGAUUGAAAUAUAUAUGGGUCAUUGGUGCUGAUUGGUAUGUACAAUGUUUUUUUGUGCUGAUUCAUGUGAGAAUGGACAUCACUUGUGGCGUCUAUAAAUAAUAUUACAGAUGUGUUUAUGCUGUCA